CUUCAUUGUAGGAAAAACUUCAUUCUCAAAACCCUUCCAGUCACUAACCGUGGUCACCAGCUUGUCGGUGCCUCAUGCAUUGAAGAAUUCCAAUCCCAGUUCAUUUUUGUCCAGGUAGUUGUGGUCCACUGUGCUCAUGCUAAUUGCCUGACUCACCUGCCGGUGACUCAGGCACUCUCCUUUAAAGCAGCCUUGGGUCCAGAGCAGCGUGAAUGCUCAGGGCGGAAGCCAUGGCUCCCGGAUUCCACUUCUGGGUCCUGGUCUGCUGGUCAGUGCUAACUAUGGCAGAAGGACAAGAUGUAGUGACCCCUCCUGGCAGCUCGCCAAGCAAUGGGAACCCUACAGACUGUCAAAUCUUCACACUCACCCCUCCGCCCACAACAGGGAGGCCUACCGUAACAAGGGCCCAACUCAACCCAAGGAUGCCCCUGUGGACUUGGACUUAUUUUCUGCAAAGGCCUGGCUUCUACCUGAGGCUUCCUAACAGACCUUCUUUCCUUCCAAACUACAACUACGGCGGGCGGUACCUCGGAGGAGGACGGUUCCAGGGCGGAAGCUCAUCUGAGGAAAGCACGGAGAAAUGAGAAGCCCAAACACAUGGAAGCAAAAGAAUCGACGCCUCUGAAAAAGACGAUGAAGCUUUCUCUCUCCAGUCUAAAAUCCCCGCAUUAGAAGACU